GGCGGCUGGACGCGCUCGAGCUCUCGCUCCCUCGGCCGCGGCGGCGGCGGCGGCGGCUCGCCUGCGUUAGCUGCGCCAGCUGCGCCCUGCGCGCACCGAGCCCCCCGGAGCGGCGCCGGGGCCACCGCGGAAAGUUAACUAGCCCGGCGCGCCAGGGCCCGCGCGGGACGCUCUCGGCCAUGGGCGAGCACCCCAGCCCGGCCCCCGCCGUGGCCGCCUGUGCCGAGGCGGAGCGCAUCGAGGAGCUGGAGCCCGAGUCCGAGCCCGAGCCCGAGCCCAAGCCCGAGCCCGAGGAGCCGCUGCCCAUGGCCCCCGAGGAUCACUGGAAAGUCCUGUUUGAUCAGUUCGACCCUGGGAACACUGGCUACAUCAGUACAGGCAAGUUCCGGAGCCUCUUAGAAAGCCAUGGGUCUGAGCUGGACCCACACAAGAGAGAGGUUCUUCUGGCCCUUGCCGACAGCCAUUCGGAUGGACACAUCUGCUACCAGGAUUUCGUCAACCUGAUGAGCAACAAACGGUCCAACAGCUUUCGCCAGGCCAUCCUACAAGGUAACCGGCGUCUGUGCAGCAAGGCAUUGCUGGAGGAAAAAGGACUGAGUCUCUCCCAGCGGCUGAUCCGCCAUGUUGCCUAUGAAACCCUACCGCGUGAAAUUGAUCGCAAGUGGUAUUAUGACAGCUACACCUGCUGCCCCCCACCCUGGUUCAUGAUUGCCAUCACUCUCCUAGAGAUUGCCUUUUUUCUCUACAACGGAGUAGCCUUGGAUCAGUUUGUGUUGCAGGUCACCCACCCCCACUACCUGAAGAAUGCUUUAGUUUACCACCCCCAACUCCGAGCCCAGGUCUGGCGCUACCUGACCUACAUCUUCAUGCAUGCAGGGAUAGAACACCUAGGUCUCAAUGUGGUCCUGCAGCUCCUGGUGGGUGUCCCCUUGGAGAUGGUACACGGAGCUGCCCGCAUUGGGUUCGUCUAUGUGGCUGGUGUUGUGGCAGGUUCUUUGGCAGUGUCUGUGGCCGACAUGACUGCACCGGUGGUAGGCUCCUCCGGAGGGGUCUAUGCACUCGUCUCUGCCCACCUGGCCAACAUUGUAAUGAACUGGUCAGGAAUGGAGUGUCAGUUCAAGCUGCUGAGGAUGGCUGUGGCCUUGAUCUGUAUGAGCAUGGAGUUUGGCAGGGCUGUCUGGCUGCGCUUCCACCCAUCGGCGUACCCUCCGUGCCCACACCCUAGCUUCGUGGCCCACCUGGGGGGUGUGGCAGUGGGCAUCACCCUGGGCGUGGUGGUCCUAAGGAACUAUGAGCAGAGGCUCCAGGACCAGUCCCUGUGGUGGAUCUUCGUGGCCAUGUAUUUAGUCUUCGUGUUGUUUGCAGUCUUCUGGAAUGUCUUUGCCUACAGCUUACUGGACCUCCGGCUGCCCCCUCCUCCAUGAAGAGCCCCUCGGGCGGAGGCGGGGAUGUUGAUGGAGAUCAGACUCUUGAGCAUUUUGAUUUUCAUUUAUCUUUCAUCGCUAGCUUGGUUUAGAGAGGGAAGGAAGAGAUGAGACGCUUGGUGGCUCUAUUUUUGUAUAUGGAAUUGGAUGGGCUGCAAAGAAGAAGGCAAUAGCAGUUCUUUCCAGAGCAGGCCUAGGGUUGGGAAUUUCUGGAUGCUACUGGUUGGGCCUGGGCUUGUUCCGGGUUAAUUCAAGUCAACCUCCUAACCUCUUAACCUAAAACUGAGCAAUGCCCCCCUCUCCACCGAAGUGUGAUGCUAAGAGAGGAGCAGAGGCCUAGCUCUUGAAGUGAUAUAGCUGGCCCAGUGCCUGGUGCUGCUCAAACCUGGAGGGGACAGCGGGAUAAGGACACUUCUACUGUAAAGCAUUUGGACCAGAGUUGAAUGAACAAUCAGUCAGGGAGGUCUUCCAGGCUUCCUCCAUUUAAUAGAGCACUGGACUUGCAGUGGGGAAGAUCUGGAUUCUAAUCCUGCCUAUGUCCUAUGUCAUUUACUUUCCUUGGGUCUCAGUUUCCUCUCCUGUAAAAUGAGGGGGUUGGACUCAAUGGCUUCCAAGGUCCCUUCUAGCUCUAAGUCUAUGCUUCUGUAAUCCUGUAGCUAUGAUUGACAAAGGGGGGAUUCUCCAUUCAAGGGGUGGGGUGUCCCCAUGAGAGGGUGUACACGUUAUUUUCCUCCAAAGUCUCAAUUCCGGAGAAGGGAGGGAGGAAACCAGAACCUGCCUACCCCAGAUGAGUUGGAGUCUCAGCCCAGCCCUCCUUCGACACCAUUCCUUGGUGGUAGGUUCCUAUCCUGAGAGAAGCCCAGACUGGGAAGUAAAUGUGGGGUACCUUGGAUGGUGCUUGGCACCAACUCUCCCAACACACAAUCUCACCCCCCCAAUCCCUGAAUUUUGCUGAUUGGUUUCCAUCUAUUUGACAUUUUGUCCCGAUGUCCUGACUCUUCUUACCUAAACUUUAUUCGUAGGGUCUUCUACUUGCCCUCCACCAUCACCCUGUGCCCCCCCACACUUCAUCCAUGAACACAAGGAUUUGUGUGAGAUGUUGCCUAUUGGAAGCAAAGAUUUGGUGAUGGCUUUGGGGCUUAUCCUCAACAAAAGCUCCCGUGUUCCUCUAAGGACCUUCCCACUGCUUUCUCCCCCUCCUCUCUGGUGAUCCUCCCAGAUAACUGAAACAGAGCAAACCAAUGACUCCACAACCUGCACUGGGAUCCUUUGAACUGUGGGAAGAGUAGAGGGGAAGAGGGAGGGACCCAAGAUGAAGAACAUCCAGAAGGGUGAAGUCUUGAUUUUAUGCCAUAGAGAACCAGUCCUAGAGGCAGGAAGACCUGAGCCCAAAUGCAACCUCACAUACUUACUAGCUGUGUGACCCUGGGCAAGUCACUUAACCCUGUUUGCCUCAGUUUCCUCAUCUGUACAAAUGAGCUGGAGAAGUAAAUGGAAAACCACUCUAGCAUCUCUGCCAAGAAAACCCCAAAUAGGCUCAUGAAGAGUCGGACACAAAUGAAACAACAAAAUAGAAGGAAUUGGGGAUGUUUAACCUGGAGAGGAUCAAACACGAGAAGGUCAUCAUAGCUCUCUCCAUGUAUUUGAAGGGUUGUCCUCUGAAAGAGGUCCUGGACAUUUUAUUUGACUCCUGAAGGCAGAGCUAGGGGCAGUGGGGGAAGUUACAAAGAAGGGAAUUUAUGAUUGAGGUCAGGGAAAACUUCCUAACUAUUAGAAUUGUCCUAAAAUGGAACAGCCAAGGGGCAGCUAGGUGGCACAUCCCUGGAUUCAGGUAGACCCGAGUUCAAAUCCAGCCUUAUACACUUGACACUUACUAGCUGUGUGACCCUGGGCAAGUCACUUAACCUUCAUUGCCCUGCAAAAAAAGAAAAAGAAAGAAAAAGUAUUACAAAAGUGGAACAGCCACCUCAGAGGUGAUGAAUUCCCACCUUAAGGUCCUCAAGCAGAGGCUGUUGGGUAUGUUAGAGUGGGUCCUCUCUGAAGAUCUCCCUGAAGUCUCUUCUAACUCUGAAAUGUUAGGGUUUUCUAUGAAUAGGGGAAAAUGGGAGAGGGGAGGGUAGAUUCCCUUGCAUUUCCUUUGAUGAGAGUCCAGAUUUUGAGGUUCCAUUUUUAUUUACCUCUGGGGGUGUAGUUACAUAAAAAAGAGAGACAUACCGUGAGUACCUUUGAGUGGGAACUUUGCCAGGGAAAUGAGAGACUAAGAGAAGAAAACCCAAGGCUUUGGGGUCAGUUUCAUGUAACUCACAUCACCAUGGAGAUGAGACACUCCAGCAGAGCCUCUUCCACAAGUCCCCAUUUCAACAUGGGACUGUGUGGGGCACUCUUGGAUGGUCUCUGCUGGAGAGUCUCAUCUCCAUGGCGAUGUAGGUCACACAAGCAAAGCCUUCCUCCUGUGCCCCAUCCUGCCAGGCAGCCACCUCUAUGGAACACAACCUCUGGGCAGUCCUGCCAAACCUGGGAAGCUUCAAACAUGGAUCCAGUUGAUAAUGAGUCCAGAUGAUUUUUGAGGGGCCUGUUACCAGGUUGGCCACAGCAUCUCCUCACAAAUGAUGACUAACUAGGGCACAGGAAAACAAGUAUCCUCUCUGAUAAAGUCCUCCAUCCUUAAAGUUCAGGAGUCAGGAAACAAAGACCACCCCCAAUAAAGGGAGCUGGGAGAUAAGAGGCUACAAUGGAAGGGAUAUUGGUUAGAUGGAAACAAGGAGCUCUGAGGUAUCUAUUGAAUGUUGCAGUGAGACUCAGCAUCUCAUAGUAAAAUCAUAGGGUAUUCGACCUCGAAAGGAGAUCUUUUAGUUCAACUCGGUCAUUUUAUAGAGAAGGAAACUGAGGUGCAGAGAGGGGAGGGAAGUCACUUCCAAAAAGAAUCAAUCUCCAUCUACUUGGGCAGAGACAGACAUAAACCAGAAGCAAAGACAUAUUGUACCAUUUCGUUUUGACUGUUCUUAGAAACGCCCUUCCGUUUGCCAGAGUUGGCCAGACAACCAAGAGACAGUUGUUGAAUAGCCCAGCCCCGAGGGGCCAAGCUAUUUGCUUUUUCCAAGUGCCAGGCAGCUGGGUCUAGGGAGGAGCUCUUGAUCAGUCAUGUGCCCAAAGAGAAUCCCUGGAGGCUGAUAGAGUAGCAAGCUACUUUUCUAUGGAAUUUUGAGUUGGGCUCUCUGGAAAGGCAGACAUCCCCAUGAUAGUGGGUUUUAGGUGAGCAUCCAGGAGCUCAAGUCAGUGAAAAUCUAUAGUCUAUACCACUAGGUCACCAGGGAAACUCUUAGUUGUUUCCUGGGGGUAUCCCCAUCCCCUUCCCAGGUAGCUUCUCUCCAGGACCAAAGUGGAAUUCUCCACCAGCCUUUCUCUUCUUGAGUUCCAACAACCAGAGCAGGUAUAGUCAGCUCCAAACCCCACAACAAAGGACCCCCUAGGUCAUGCCAAGGACACAACCAAGUGCUACCUACUUGCCUUUUUGCAGCAACCAGAGACUAGGCUUCCAGAUCUUUUGUCUGGCCUAAUUGACCUUGGAUGUGUAUAUGAAUAAACAUUCCCUACCUCAUUCCCAGGGGUACUUUGCUUUUGCCCUACUUGAUACUCUCCCACUUUGGGAAAUAGGUGCUAGGGUUAAAAUAAUGGGGGAGGAGGGUUGAGAUGAGUAGCUCAGGGGCAGCUAAGCAGCUCAGUGGAUAGAGCACCGGCCCUGGAGUCAGGAGGUCCUGAGUUCAAAUCCGGCCUCAGACACUUGACACCUACUAGCUGUGUGACCCUGGGCAAGUCAUUUGACCCCAAUUGCCUUACCAAAAAAAAAAAAAAGAGAGAUGAGUAGCUCAAUGGUAGUGAUGCUUAUGAUGGGAGAAAGAAAGAGGGGCUCCUGAGAUCUCAUCUCUGUUCUACAUCUCUCAUGGGUUCCAUCCUCCAUCCCACUUAGGGGAGGGCCUUUCUCAAGUCAAGAAGCAGGAGCAGUCACCAGCUGGGCCCUGCAAGAAAUCUCUCUGCAUUAGGGGAUUCUCCUGGCUACUAUGUUUGGUCAAUCAUGCAAGUCUCCAACCCUAGAGCUAUAGAUGGAAGGAGAGAAAUCCGCCCACUUGACCGCCUUAGUGAAGAGAUGGUGAUGAGAUGCUUAGAAGCCCUCUGAGGCCAAUCUACUUUGCUGCAAACUUUAGCCCUGGGCCCAUUCUAUAAAGGGGAAUGGGGACUGGAGUGUGGAAAACACACACACACACACACACACACACACACACACACACACACAUCCCAAUUUGUAACUUUUGCUCUCCCAGGAAUGAGGAAGUAUUGGCUGCCCUUUCCCCAUAGUGGCUCACGCUUCCCACUUUCCUCAAGUGUUCAGUUCCACCCUCUUGAACCUCUCUGGUGCCCACAAUUGGCACAGUUGGCUCUGGGGAGAGGUAUCCUUACAUGACAUUGAUUUCUUCACUCCUACCAAAUUGCCCUUUUACUGAACCGACCCUGCAAGUUGCCCAUGAGACCUUGGAUGUUGAGACACAUGUGGGCAGAAGCCCAAUCCUCCUUCCUUCAAUCUCCACUGAGCGUGGUGAGCUCCGUGAACUGGGCAGACUUGGGGAUCCCUUCAAAGAGAAGCAGACUGAUUGUAUUCUUCCUUCAAAGUGUCCCAGGGUCACCAGAACACCAGCCACUCUAAUUUUAGGGUCAGUUGCCUACAGAAGAGGGAUCGGUUAAGAACUUACAGUACCUACUCUCUCCACCUUCCAUCUUUUUCCUCAUAUCACCAAGGUACCCCCAACAGCCACUCCAUUUCUCAAAGCCUCCUUAUGAUGGACAGUCAACAACUCAUGUCUUUUCAAUUUUUUCCCUCUUCCUUCCCUUUCCCAGUGUAGUUACUCCUGCUAGUCUGAUGCUGAAACCCAAGGUCCUGGGAUGGGGAAAUUGGGUAGCGAAGUACUGAAGUGGUUUAAAUCUUUCAUCUAGACUAGAACAAGGCCUGGGGGAAGACAGGGAGGGGCUGGUGAUUUGAGGGUCUUGUCAGAUUUGAAUCCAAAGGAUGGAGAAUGCAAAAAUGUCAGUGAUGUUCCCACGUUAAAUAGAAAAAUAAUCACAGCACUUCAAAGGAGAAAUGUGUUUUAAAUGAUGCCACUAAUCAUUUGGGAUUUUAAUUGGGGAAAGCUCCUUAAUGAGGCUCUUCUACAAUGACAGCAAGGACUGGACAACCAACCAUGGGCUGAGGGCACUUCCUUGGCUGCUGAGGACACCUGCAGCUGGCUUUCCAUGGGAAUUAUUAUUAACUAGAGAAAAACGGAAGUCAUCGUUCACCAAACCCAGUAGUCUCCUCUCAGCUCCUACUUUAAUUUACAAAUAAUGUUGACUCCUAGGGCCUAUGGAUUUCUUCUAUUUUGGAUAUCGUCAGUGCUGCUUCCCAUGGUAACUAGAGCAUCGAUAACAUUUCUGCCUUAAAUAAAAGUGCCCGACAGAUGAUUCCCUUCUCCUCCAAGGGCUAGAGAGAGUCGAUAGUUAAGAAAUAGCCCAAGCUGCAAUGUUUGUUUCUAAAUAUUUUUGUAUUGCGUACAUUCUGUAUAUUUUUGUUGUAACAAAUAUUAUUUGAGCACAGAAUCCAUUAAAGAUU